AUGAGAAAGCUCCUUCUGCCGAGAGGAGGCACCAUCUUGCCAUGUCGCUCGUCGAGCCCCGCGUUGGCAGCUCGAUGCCAGCUUCACACCUUCGCCACCACGGCGAAGCCAGGCCAAGCCCGUCGGCAGCUUGCGCCAUGGCGACCGACUUCAAUUCGACGGCUGCGAUUGAGCACGACGACGUCGAGAUGGGAUGCCGGCGAGGAAGAGACGGGCACCUACAGCGAGGCCGACCACGAGCACGCCGUCAUUUCCACCUUUGACCUCUUCUCUGUCGGCAUCGGCCCGUCGUCCUCCCACACCGUUGGGCCGAUGCGGGCAGGAAACAUCUUCAUCGCCGACCUCGUCGAGGCCGACCUCCUGCGCAGGGUUCACCGCCUUCGCGUCUCGAUAUACGGCAGCCUGGCCCUCACCGGCGAGGGCCACAUGACGCCCUCGGCCCUGUUGCUGGGGCUCGAGAGCGCCGAUGUCGGCACCGUCGACACCACGCACGUGCCGGAGCGAUUCGCCGAAAUCAAAAACACCAAGAAGCUGUUCCUCGGCCGCGCGCUUGCCCGAGGCGCGGGAAGGGAAAUCGACUUUGAUUAUGGCCGCGACUUCAUUUGGGAAUGGGGUCGGAAGCUGCCCCUCCACAGCAACGGCAUGCGAUUCACCGUCUUCGACGCCGACGGCUACGUCCUCGCCACCAACGACCUCUUCAGCGUCGGCGGCGGCUUCGUCGUCAACGGCGCCCUCUCCAUCAACCCGGACGUUCAAGAAUCGAGCUCGGUGACGAUCAAGGACGACGCCGCGGCCGCCCACCCGGCCGACUUGGCCGAAAACAUGUACUACAAGGAAAUCCGCCGGUCCGACGCCGCCGGCGGUCGCAAGACCGGUGCCGAAGUGAAGCUCCUCGACGACGCUUCCGCCACGCCCGCUCCUCCACCCCCUGCCGCCGCCGCUCUCGGUUCCGGCGCCGAUUCGGGCGACGUGUCGGCGACGGAGGGCGGAGACGACGCGGCGGUCGAUGCCGAGGCGGCGUCCGACUCGGCCCCGAGCCAGAAACCCCGGUACCCGUUUCACAACGCCAGCAGCCUCCUGUCGCUGUGCAACAAGCACAACCUCACGAUAGCCCAGCUGGUGUACGAGAACGAGAAGAGCCACGGCUACACGGACGAGGAGAUUUACCAGAAGCUUGGGCGCAUAUGGCAGGUCAUGGACGACAGCAUUCUCGAAAGCGUCCAGGCACCCGAAGACUCCAUCCUCCCAGGCUCGCUCAAGCUGCACCGACGAGCGCCGGCGUUGUAUAAGCGACUCACGCGCGGACUCUACGCCUCGCGCACCCGAGAUGCGACCCCCGCGUCGUCGCCGUUCUUUCCCAAGACGAAAGCCGAAGGGGGCUCUCUGCCGCAAUCUUCGUCGACGACGACGCUGGCUCGGAUGCAGGGCGCGCCGGGCGCCAUCAGCAGGCGGCAGCACGCGCGCGUGCACGGCGCGCUCGACCAUCCAAUCGCACCCUCGCCGACGCGUCGGACGACGUUUCCGGCCAUGGACUACCUCACCGUCUACGCCAUGGCCGUCAACGAGACGAACGCGGCGGGUGGGCGCAUCGUCACGGCGCCGACCAACGGCGCGGCCGGCAUCAUCCCCGCCGUGCUCAAGUACACGAUCGAGUUCCUCAGCGACGACCCUGAGCGCGACAUACCCACCUUUCUGCUGACGGCGGCGGCCAUCGGCAUGCUGUACAAGCGCGGCGCGACCAUCUCGGCGGCCGAGGGCGGAUGCAUGGCCGAGGUCGGCGUCGCCUGCUCGAUGGCGGCCGGCGCCUUUGCCGCCUGCAUGGGUGCCAGCCCGGAGACGAUUGAGCAGGCAGCCGAGAUUGGUAUCGAGCACAACCUCGGCCUCACCUGCGACCCGGUAGGGGGGCUCGUGCAGGCGCCCUGCAUCGAACGGAACGCGCUCGGCGCCAUCAAGGCCAUCUCGAGCGCCAACCUCGCCCUCAGCAGCGUGACGGGGACGCAGAAGAUUCGGCUCGACGACGCGAUCCGCGCCAUGCGCGUGACGGCCAAGGGGAUGCGCAACGAGUUUAAGGAGACGAGCCUCAGCGGACUGGCGACCUCGGUGCCGUUUCUCAACAUCCCCGUCAGCGUUCCCGAUUGCUGA